UGCGCGCGGCGGCGGCCCGGAGCGCCGGCCGGGGCGUAGCGGGGGGCCCCCGUGCACUGCCCGGCCCGGGCCAUGACCCCCGCUGCUCUCUCUUGCAGGCUCGUCGCCCCGGCCCCCGGAGCCCGGCCGCCGCCGCCGCCGCCUGCGCCCGGGCGGGUCCCGUGCGCCCCGGGCGCGGCUCCGCAGUGAGCCCCCAGCAAGCGGCCCACCGAGGCGCCGCCAUGGGGCUCAAGCUGUCCUGCCUGAAAGGCUUUAAAAUGUGUGGCAGCAGCGGCGGGAGCAGCCAUGACGAGGCCCCCGUCCUGAGCGACAAGCACCUGGACGUACCCAACAUCAUCAUCACGCCCCCGACCCCCACGGGCAUGAUGCUGCCGCGGGACUCCGGGCAGACAGUGUGGCUGGAGGAGACGGGGUCGUGCCCAGAGGAUGGAGAGAUAGACCCCGAGGCCUGAGGAGGAGGCACAGGUUGGAGAGUGUCCCCACGCCCCGCUCCAGCUGCCCCAAUCCACAUGUCCCUGGGGCCGUGGCUGCCUGGGACAGAUGCGCCGAACCCGCCGGACACUGGACGGGAGAAUGAGGGAUUCAGGAGCCCGACCGGUUGCGAGGUGGCAAAUAGAGCAGAGGAUCCGCUGGCCCCAGGGCCAUGUUUCCCAGGCCCCGCUGAGCGGACCAGACCCCUCACGCCGUGCGGUCAUGGCAGCAGCUGCCGGGGGCGUGGGGAGAGGCUUUCUUCUGGACAGAGUCCCCUCCCUGAGCCCUGGGCCACCCCGACCGGUGCGCACAAGGCCAACACACACAAGAACUUGCAGAGCGGCCGCUCCGUUUUUUACACGUUGUUUAACAGACUUCCAAGCAGUACAGAAGGUGAUUCGUAAUUCCUUUUUUGCGUUACAAAUAAAGGUCAUCUGUCACCAUCA